GCCAUCCUUCGCAUCCAAGGUGACAAAACUUGCAACCCCUUUUCACGAAAGGGGGGUUUUUAUAAAUUGUCUAUAAUGAUUUAUGUAGGUAGAACUUUGAGAACCCUUAGAGGCAUGUAAAAGAGUCCAUGUUAUCAGUGGGCCUCUAAGGGUAGAUGUUAUCAUGUUAUGCACAUACAUUCUGUGGGACCUUGCUUUCACCCCAUAUUCUGACCCCAGACCCCAGAUUCUGGCUCCAGAUUUACCCCAGACCUUAACCCCAGUUUGACCGCAUUAGGUAGCUAGCAUACACAUGUUUGAUAUCUGAGUCCUUGAAGCUGCGGAAUCCAUUUUCCUGGUGUCGAUGCCAGGUCUCCGUUGUAGUGAUUAGGGAAUAUCUCACCAGUAAUUUGAUCGUGUCAUUGUUAGGUAUAAAUAUCAAUGUAUUUAUUUGAUAAUCCACAGAUCGACACCUUUAUCUGAUAAUAUACCUACAUAUGUGUUUUGUGAUUUAACAUCAUGUGGCUCGAGAAAACUGAAGGCAACGCCUUAAUAAGGUGGAUCACCUUUUGCUCGGGGUGUGGCUUUGCGCUGUUCGGGUACGAUCAGGGAGUAUUCGGCGGUCUGCUCGGCAACGAAUCAUUCAUUCGUGUAUUCGACAACCCUGAUGCUAUCCUUCAAGGCCACAUCACAGCUACCUUCGACCUUGGGUGUUUUAUAACCGCCAUGCUCACUAUGUGGUGGGGGAACAAAAUUGGCAGUCGACGAAACAUCUUAUUUGGCUGUAUCAUCCUCAUCGUGGGCGCGAUCCUGCAGUCAGCAGCGUACAGCGUGGCUCAGUUGAUCCUCGGGCGAUUAAUUGCUGGCUUCGGUAAUGGCAUGAUUACAGCAUCAAUCCCGGUCUGGCAAUCGGAAACGACACCUGCUGGGUAUCGUGGGCGGAUCAUGGUCCUUCAGUUGGUAGUGAAUCAAGUUGGGAAUGUUAUGUCCCAGUGGAUCAACUACGGAAUGACCUUCAUUGCUGGAAGUGAAGCCUCCUGGCGAUUCCCUCUUGCCUUCCAAUGCUUUUUCGCAAUCUUAGUCAUAAUCCCCAUCCCAUGGCUCCCGGAUUCGCCACGUUGGCUUGUAAUCAAGGAUCGAAAUGAAGAAGCUUACGAGAUCAUGCGAAGACUGGCUGGGCCCCAAUCAGAACAAGAGACUCGGGAGUCAUUCCAAGAGAUUCAACAAAGCGUCCGCCAUGAGAUGUCGCUAGGCAAGAUCACCGUCAGGAGCCUUUUCACCAAUGACAGCAUACAAACCACCCGUCGUCUGAUUCUUGGAGCCGGCACGCAAUUAAUGCAGCAAUGGUCUGGCAUCAACGCCGUCUUAUACUACUUUCCGGUAGUAUUUGCCUCUAUCGGCCUAAGCCGCAAUCUUUCUCUUAUUCUCGCGGCAUGCAACGCCAUGAACCUCAUGUUUUCCGCUUGUGUUGGUGCCUUGUACAUUGACACUUUCGGAAGGAAGCGGCUCAUGGCUUUGGGCGCUGCUGGACAGUCAUUGUGCUUUGUUUUCGUUACCGUUGGCCUUGCCAUGGGUGGAAAUCAGUGGGAUAUUGUGGCGAUUUCGUUUAUCUUCGGCUACAUUACGGUGUUCGGCUUGUCGUGGAUUGCUGUCCCUUGGAUGUAUCCAGCCGAAGUUAACACACAGCGUAUGCGUAUCGCCGGCUCUGGCGUUGCCACGGCGGCGAACUGGAUUAAUAACUACGUCGUUGUUCUCAUCACGCCUGUCGGAACGGCGAAUCUGGGGUGGAGGUACUAUAUCAUCUUCGCCGUUUUGAACGCUGUUUUUGUACCUGUGGUAUUGAUGUUUUAUCUGGAAACCGCAAAUUUGAGUCUGGAAGAGAUCGAUACCAGAUUCGAACAGAAGUUCUCGAAAGUUGUCGACGACGAUCACCAUGAUAUCGAAAAAUCUAGUAGUAAGGAAGCGGCCGCCGAGCACGUUAGUGUAUGCAACGUGUAGUAGCACCGAGUUGGACUAUCGGCUGGAUAGAUACCUGCCUAGGUAGUAGGUAACUAUCUACCUACUUAACCAUAUUUCUGGUUGAGGGAGGGCGUUGUUCCGUUGUGACACGCAGGUUCGAAUGUCACCACAAGUUCCUAUGUGCCUAGGUAGACAUAAACAAUACCAUCGUUGUAUUAACGGUUAUUCUCUUAACUUGCGUAUUGUGACAUUCGUAGGGGUUAUGAAGGUGUAAGCCGAUAAUAGCUGGAGAUCUUAUGUACUGUGCAGGGACGAUUGUCUUAGCGGCUGGUUAGCUUGGAGUAUGGCGCUUGUCCACCAAGAUUUAGUGAAGGACCUGGACUU